AAUAUCAACAGGAAAAUGGGAUCCAAAUUGUGCAUUUAGCAUGAAUAUCAAGAGGAGCAGCAUCCUUGAAGAUCCUUUACCUGUAAAUGGCUUCAAAGAAAGUGUCUGAAUAUUUGGAAGAAUGAAUCUUGAAGUUCGUAUGAAGAUAUUGGAAGAUAAAGUUGACAACGAAACCAUCAACUGGAUGAUGGAGAACUUUAAACUCUCAGUCAAACAACAGAUUGAGGCUGUUUUAACCAAGGACGAACUUCAACACCUUGCUUUCUUAUGCAAAUCCGAAGUUGAUUCAAUUGGUAGGUUAACUGCUGGAAUCUUGUGGUUGCUCAAGCUUCAAAAGUGUGCCGCUCUCAUCACUGAAUCAUCUAAUUCUGAGUCUUCCCUGGUGAACCUUACUAACAUUAAAGAACUUAAACAGAAACUGGAUAACAUGCAUAGUUUACUGCUGCAAUUGCGGGUUCAAAUUUGAAUUUCUUUAUCAAAA